AUGAUAAUGAUGAUGAAUUGUUGCUAUUCUAUUUUCACUUUAAUUAUAUUUAUUUUAUCACCUAUUGUUUUAACUAAACAAGUUGUUUGUUUAGUUGAUAAUGUUAAAGUUGCUACUGUUGAUUAUGAUACUGGGAUUUGUCCAUUUCAACUACCAACUGCCGCAUAUCCAUCUUUAUCCAAACUGCUGCUGCUGCUGCUGCUGCUGCUGCUGCUGGUUUUGGUGGAUCCAUUUUUCAUAUUUCAUUCUCUUGAUGAUUAUAAUGUUCAAUUUUAUUAUUCAAUUGUCAAUGGUCAUCGGUAUACUACUGAUAUUAGACAUGGUGGAUCAAUUAUUUCUAUUGCUGCUAAAUUAUUAUAUGAAAAAUAUACUUCAGUAUAUAAAGUUCAUUUACAUAAGAUUCCAAAAGCUAAUUCAACCGAUAUCAUUAGGAAAAGAUUAUUUUUGGAGAAAAGUAAACGAAUGCAAUUACUGCUGCUGCUGCUGCUGCUGCUGUUGUUGAUGAUGAUGAAAAAAGAUUUGAUUGAUGAUUUUAUUAUUGAUAUUGCUGGAUCUAGAGGAAUCAUGGUAGAUGAGGUGAUUCUUUCUGUUGUUGAUAUUGAUCAAGUUACUUCUUCAACGAAUGGUGGGUCAUCUUCUACUAAUAGUCUUACUAGAACAGGAUUUAGUAUUCCAAGUGUGACUUCAACAAAAACUUCCAAUUCUCAAACAUCUCAAACAAUCACUACAACUACUGGUUCUAUGACUACUGAAACUAUUACCACUACUAAGAUUAUUACAAUUACUUCUUGCAGUAAUGAUAUUUGUCAUUUAACCACAGUUCCCGGUAGUUUAAUUACCGUUACAGCUACAAUCACUCCUGGUUUUUUAACCACUACUUAUACUACUUAUUUACCUAUCAAUUCUAUGGAAACUGUAGUAUCAACAAAAAUUAUCACCAUCACUUCAUGUAGCGACAACAACCACAACAAUAAUCAUGUUUGUCAUUCAACUACUGUCCUUGCUACUCCGUCUACGGUAACUGAAACAAUUGAUAAUACAAUAACCGAAUACGUUACUUAUUGUCCUUUGACUAAAAAACAACAACAGUAUUCGCCAAGCGCUACCAGUAUUGCUACUGCUACUGCUGCUGCUGCUGCUGCUGCUGCUGCUGCUGUUACUACUACUACUACUAGUACUAGUACGGCAACAAUUACAUCAUGUUGGGAUAAUACUUGUCAAACUCAGGUUACUACUAUUGAAGUUGUUGGUGAAGAUACAAUUACUUAUUAUGUUACUCAUACAAUUACUUCUCAAACUAGUAAUGAAGCUGUUGUUACGAGUGAGUUGAUUUCUAGUCAUUAUCCAGUAUCAACCGUGGCUGCAAUUACAACUACUGCUGAAGGUGGAGCUGUUAGCGGUGGUCGUGGUGGUGGUUAUGGAGUAGUAGAACAGUUAUUGUCGUUAUUGAUGAUUAUGAUGAUGUUGUUUGUUUAG